AUGAAAUCCUACAUUGCAGCUCCUGUUGCAAUCGCUGCGCUUCUGUUCGGUAAGUUUUAACGCGGCUCAACGAGCCCUUACUUUAGAAAAAGUUUCAAGUUUGAGAGCUUUUCUUGAUUCUCAACUUCUGAUAUAGCUUUCCAUCUCUAAAAACUUCUAGGUGUCUUCUCACAAGAUUUACGCUACCUGCGAUUCACAACCCGCCAAUACCAGGUGGAAAAGAAGCGUCACGGAGUCAAAACAACAAACUUAACAUCGGAAAAUUGCACGGAACCGUUAUGGUCUGAUUGGUUCGAGGUUACUCAAUUGAAUGAGCUCUCGUGAAAUCUCUUCGUUGUUUUGUCUAGGAUUUAUCGUGUAACGCUGACUGUGGCGCUUGUGGAACUAGAAUUCUUCGACGAAACUGUCUUACUCAAAACUGCCAAUGUCUGUAAGUUCUUCUUUUCUUUUAAUCUUUGUGGCUUCAAUGACUUUCGAAAAGUUCGAAAAAUUUUUUAGUGGAGAGGCUCGACGCGAAGAAGUUUGCAGUAUAAAAGUGUGCAGUUAUCCUAAAGCCGCGUGCUGUCCGCCGUACCGCCUCGUCAUUCUGGACGGUCACUUCGUCUGUGGACCUCAAUCCCAGGUGAGCAGCGAAAAACAGAAACUUAGAAUAAUUUUAAUGCAAAACAGAAGGUAGCUCUGCUUGAGUAAGUCUGAAUGAACUAAUAUUGAUUUAGGAGGUGGCCAGUCGGUUUCUCUCCACACUAGAAGGAACCUCAAAAAGCGCCGAAGUCGACCCAAUCAUUCCCUCGAUAGUCGUCGCCAUCGAAGAUAGAGAAGAAUCAGAAGCCCAUCUUCCAAGGCCCCGAGACGUCGGAGUUUCUCGCAUUUUCCGACAGUAUGGUAAACAAAUUUAUAUCUAA